AUGCUCUCGCAAAUGCACUGUUUGUAUUCGCUGCUGAUUUGUGGUAUAUUGUUUGCUGGUGAUACGAAUGCGGACUUGAAGAAUAAUACAGGUCAGGGUCAUUAUUGGCCGCCAGGUUGGGGUGGAUUUGGGGGUGCUCCAGGAGGUUUUCCAGGUGGCGCGUCUCCGCCACAGUUUCAGUCGGGUGUCUAUCCACCACCAGGGCCACCCGUAUAUCCACCAGUACCGCCAUUGUAUCCUCCAGGACCCCCACCAAUAUACCCCCCUCCGAUACCACCGCUACCUUUCUUCUUUGAUCGUUACUAUUGUUCCGUGCAGGCUUCAUUCAGUUUGAUUGAUCAUAGAGCCAUUCCACCACCUCCACCUCCACCAAUAGGACAAUCAUUUGAUGGACCUCCAGUAGGUUUUGGGCCACCACUACCCCCACCACCCCCAUUUGGUGAUUUGGAUAUUUCACGUCAGACGUGCAGAUAUACAGCUACUUACAGCCAAGCAACUUGCAUAUUAUGCUGUAAGACGGCAGCACGUCAUGUUGGUACAUCCCAAGACGAAGUUACGGGAAUACUUUUCGUGUUUGACCCGGUCAAUCCACUAGUUGUUGCACCAGGUGAAGAUGCCGGUAGCUCACUCCGUGACAAGAGAUCACCACAAUUCGAUUACCAAAGGAAGCUAUCCGACUAUUUUGCAACACCACCAACGGAGGAAGACAAUGCUGAUGGCAACAAUGAAGAACCCAUAGAGGUCGUGCCAAUAAGUGAUAAUCGUAUCGUUCAAUGCGUUUGCUGUGCACCUCGAAAAAGAUGGGGCCUAUACUAG